AUGACCGAGUCGUAUGUGUUCAAAAAAUCUGUUACAAAACGUAUGCUGGAAACGGCGACAGUUCUCGGUGCUCGUGGUACUUCCGCAAGCGCUUCCGAAGUGAAACAUAAAUGGGGAAUCUAUACUCAAACAUUCCUAGAUGUAACGCCUUAUUUGGGCAAAGCCGUUUGGCGAAUUCCGAGAGAUCUAUGUGAACAAAUGUCGAUAAAGUAUCCUACCUUUGUACUGGGAAUUAUGCAAGAGGUGAAUUUAGAGGAUCUAACGGCGUUGUAUAUUGUUACUGAAGUUCAAGAUAGCGGUGAACUUCUAGAAAAGAUACAGCAUCCAUCCCUGGUGGAUUUGUGGCCAAUUAAGUAUUUCUCAGAUGAUACUAAUAUUCGAGAUGAGGAAUUUAGUUCUGGCUUAGCAAAUUGCUUGGAUCAAAUGAGGUUCUUUUAUCAACAUCUAUGGAUGCCAUGGGAUAGAGACGAGAAUUGUAAUGAUUGGGUUGAUAAGCAUUUGGAGAGCAGAAUAAAAUUUUACAACGAUUUAGAAACUAAAGCUAUAUCCAAACGAUUGUCGUCGCAUAUUGUAACUUUGUUAGACGAAGCAAAGUACCUUCAGAGUCAGCGAAGGCGAUUGGAAAGGGAUCUCCGACAAGGAGCACAAGUUGAGGAAUUCACGGAUAGUUCUUGUUUGCCGUUCCUGUCAACGAUGAGCGUUUUGUUAGAGAUUCAUUUGCGAUUAUAUUCAAUAAAAAACGACAUGGCCUUUCUGGAGAAUCGGUUAAAACGCUCCAGCUUCGAAAAAAAAAUUUUUUCGGAAGACAUCCAAGGUUUUGCAGGUCACGUCAUAGCAGAAGUGAAAAAUUUGGCUGUCACACCAGUAGGAACAGUGCAAGAACAAAUCGAUUAUCUUGAAAGAGUACAGGAGCUGGUCUAUGAGAUGCCUAUUCGGAGUUACGACUCAUUGCAGACAGCACUGGAAAGAUGCGAAAUAAACGAUAAAAUCUACUUGCCAAAUGGGGAACAUCCUAUCAAAUUUUCGGGUUAUCUCGGCUAUGGGUCGAUCACGGCGGUGAAUUCGAUGGAGUUUGCUACUACCAAGUUCACGUCACACGCUAUAUUAACUGAGUCGGCAAAAGAAAUAUCUGUAGUGAGCUCUAGAGACGACGCGAGCGUAGUGCUGACGAUUGAUGGAGACUACUGUAUUGAGAAUAUUUUUCUAAAUUGUGCCAAUGCAGAAGUAGGGGUUAACAACUAUAUUUACAUUCUCAAAAUUGAGAUUUUCCUCUACCAGCGUUGUAUCAGUUAG